AUGAGGAUUACAGGAUUAAGGAAAACAACCAUUGGCCAGAAUGGCGUCGGCGCCUUCAUUCUCCAAUGUACAAAAAUGGAUUUUCAUUACUGCGAUUGGGCUGGCAGUUCUAAGGGCAUGAAUACCUUCAUCAAAAACUCUUUACCGGGCUUCGCGAAAGCCAAUCCUCAAAUCGAAAUUACCGUCUCCCCUCGACCUGCCAAACACCCAGUCAUUAUUGGACAUUAUAUCAAUGGUCGCGAGAAGGCCAUUUGCGUCAGGAAUCUAGAAAUGGGACAAAUUUUGAAAAAGGCGGAGCUGCUCAGAGAUGCGAGUGGAGAAAAGCUGAAGAGAGUCAAGAAGCCUGUGAAGAGUAUCAACGAGAGUGUUAGAGGUAUUUGGAGUCCUUAUCAUGGUGGUGGAAUUAAGGUUUGAGGGGGGAACAUAAGAAGAUUGUUGUAUUAUACAUGACAACAUUACUGGCGUUAAGGAUAGGAAAUCAUGGGUUCCGAUGGUCCUAUGUCGAAGAUUUCGACUGUAUGAAUGUUAUGGUUAUGGUUACGUUGAGCAACUUAUUGAAGCUACGCUUUCUACAUGUUAUCGACAUUCUUGUCGAUGCUAGCAUCUGGUCAAUCUCACUGUCUUUCCGUUAAGCCAUUUCUUGAGCUCUAUUUCAUUGUUAUAGUCAUGAUUGGCGGUAGAUAUAAGUCUGAUUAUAUCAGGAACUAUUCCCCUUAAAAAUAAACGAGACAUUUAUCACAAGAAAGGAUAUCAAAACUCUGAGGAUUGGAUCACCAGCAUUUGAU